GACGAAAAUGUUACUGGGUUGCAACCAGCGGGGCGACAAAACAAAUAUUUAUCUCAACAGAUUGCAUCAGGUCGCGGUAGUACAUAUACAAAAACAAAUUGCGAUAUCGCACGGCUUACACCACAGCAACAGAAACACUUGUAUAAUCAAAAUAAUACGAAAGAAAAAAACCAAGAGCCAGUUCACGUUUUGCGGCUACAACCUCCAUCGAAACCGCCGCCUUCAAUAUUAAAUAGGCACGUAAAUGAUAAUGAAAAUGCAGGUCCGAAAAUCACUGACGAGGGGCAACAACGUGUCUCAAAUGCACUGCAGCGAUCUGCAACACUUCCAGCAAAACAUUGCCGCUUAGGCAUUCGCAGUCGCGUAACAUUUCAGGUGCCAUCACCAGCUGCUCCGCUGGGUGAUAAGAGCAAUUACAUCAAUAGCAACAAUACCGUGUGCCGUGUUGAAGCAACAGAAGUUAAAAUGGCCUCGGAAGACCUCUUACAACCAGGCCACGUAGUCAAAGAACGAUGGAAAGUUGUGCGAAAAAUAGGUGGCGGAGGCUUUGGAGAAAUCUAUGAAGGCCAAGAUCUGAUAACUCGUGAACAAGUUGCGUUAAAGGUGGAAUCGGCACGUCAGCCGAAGCAGGUUUUGAAGAUGGAAGUUGCUGUCCUUAAGAAACUGCAAGGGAAAGAGCAUGUUUGUCGCUUUAUUGGCUGUGGUAGAAAUGAUCGAUUUAAUUAUGUUGUGAUGCAAUUGCAAGGUAAAAACCUGGCGGAGUUGCGUCGCGCACAACCGCGUGGAGCAUUUUCAUUGAGUACAACGCUACGAUUGGGAUUACAAAUAUUGAAAGCUAUUGAAUCCAUACAUUCAGUGGGAUUUUUACACCGUGAUAUUAAACCUAGCAACUUUUCAAUUGGACGCUUACCAUAUAAUUGUCGUCGAGUGUAUAUGUUGGACUUUGGACUUGCACGGCAGUACACAACAGGAACGGGCGAGGUUCGUUGCCCCCGUGCCGCGGCUGGAUUCCGUGGAACUGUGCGAUACGCAUCCAUAAACGCCCAUCGCAAUCGAGAAAUGGGUCGCCAUGAUGAUUUGUGGUCUUUGUUUUAUAUGCUAGUCGAGUUUGUGAACGGCCAAUUGCCAUGGCGAAAAAUUAAAGAUAAAGAGCAAGUAGGCUUAACGAAAGAGAAAUACGAUCACAGAAUUUUACUGAAACACCUGCCAUCUGACUUAAAGCAAUUUUUGGAACAUAUACAAUCGCUAACAUAUGCCGACCGGCCUGACUAUGCUAUGUUGAUCGGAUUAUUUGAGCGUUGUAUGAAACGCCGAGGUGUGAAAGAAUCGGAUCCAUAUGAUUGGGAAAAGAUUGAGACGGUUAAUGCAACAACUAGUCAAAAUACGAGUACUUUGCAAAUGCAGGGUAAAAAUGAGUUCAUACACGGGAAUAUCACACAAAUGACAGUGGCAGCAUCUAACGCCAGCGGGACGGAAUAUCUACGACGUCGCAACGAUAUCGAUACAGCACUAAUGGUUUCAACUGAACCAGUAAAUUUUAAAGAAAAGGUCGAUAAGAACUGCAACGCCACAUCUCCGUCUCCACAAGUAGAUGGUCUUUUGCACAAUUUCAGCUCAUGCAACCAAAAUAGCGCUCAUAAAGCACAUCCUGCAACCCCCACACCGGUAGCUGCUUCUAGUAGCGUUCGCGGUGUCAAAACAACCGAACAACCGCAAGAUCAACAAAACCUAACAAAGUUGCAGUCUCAUUCACACCUAAAUACAUCGAAAACUCCUUCAGUCUUGCCAGCGACUGCUGUGGCUCUAUCUAUAGGUGCAAUAAAAACAACAACAGCCGCUACGUCCUCUAAUCGUGCGGAAAUCUCGGCUCCGAGCUCUUCACCGCAGUUGUCUACACACAAACAUCAUAAUCAAAAGCAGUACAACCAGCAACAGUAUACUCAUGGUCAAAUACAUACCCAGCAUAUGUCUAAAGCUCCAUCUACGCCAGCAGUAGGCCAAAAUUAUACUUCCCCUAUUCAGCCUCAAAUUGGUGGCUGCGGAGAAGAAGGUGGACAGAAUUCGGCUUCAUUACAGGCCGGUUUGUAUAAAAAUGAUGUACAUGUUGUUGUAUCAACUAGUAUGGCAGACGAGCAGCAUAAUUACCAUACUGAAAAUGAAGGUGGCUUUAGAUGUGGCAGCGCUGGAGAUGCAUUAAGAUGCUGUAGCUCGCCUAAAAAAAUACAAACUUCUUCAAGUCUUGAAGGAACCAACGGUGAAGGAAUAUCCAAUUUUAACAAAAACGUGAAUGCAACUGAAUCACUUAUGAAAGCAUCUCCUUUAGCAACAGCAAGUGUAUAUGAUCUCGCCAUUGGUAGUGGGGGCCUAAUAUUGACGGAAACCGGAUCUCCGCACGACCAGGAUGCAACGCCGUUUUCUUUCGAUGCCGCGACAGGCGCCUCAAAAGGCGGAGUUACAACCAUGCAUCAGCAUAUUAUCAACAACAGUCCACGCAUCCUGCACAUGGGCUCAACAGGUGCAUUGCCACAACAGCAAACCACAAGUGCGCCACCCACAAAUCGUCGGUCAGCCACUUCAACAAAUCUGCGGCCAGCUUUGGGCAAUAGUUGUACCUCUCAUCGCUUCAGUAGCGGUGGCCCAACACGCGGUAGUAAUGGAUUUGGCGCUGCUGCCGAUCAUUCCAUGACUCAAUUCGCAUUGAUAGACGACGAAAAUGUGUCAGCACUGCAACAAGUUACUAAAGGUGGAGGGGCGCUUACAUUGGCAUCUCAGUGGAAAAGCCAAUUUGACGAUUCCGAAGACACAACAGAUAAUGAAUGGAAACAAGAACCACAGAGCCCUGAUCAUAAAUCAAAUGCAAAAUUCGUUAACCAAUCUCAGCCGAAUUUAUCCGAUGACACUAAAGUACAUUACCAGCACAACCAAGAAGCUGUUUCGUUGACCACAAAUGUCAUGAAUGCAGAAGUGCCCCUCCGAGGCUCGGAAAGAAAAGAAGGAGUCGAUUUUCGCACCGGAGCAUCACCUAAAGAAAGAGAAAAUAUACAUCCAAAGAAGUCAACGCGUAAGAAAUACAACUUGAACAUUGUGGGCAUUGAGAACUGUUCAAGGAUGCGAGAUUGUAUUCCACAUUGUUGGUCUGAGCCUGCCAUGGGUAAUGUAUUGCGUAGAGACUUAGUGCCACCAAUUCUACAGCAGGCCGCUUUCGAUAAUACAAUCUAUCGUAUGGAUAUAAGUAGAAAUAUUUGUGUACGCGAAAACCAUUCGGAGGCCGCAGUCCCUUUGGCGAUAAGACAUAUGUCUACGGUACCUAUCAAAGAAGCAUAUACCUGCUGUGAUGAGAAUGAUACGACAAAAAAAAUCAAUGAAGCAAAAAGGCACCCUGCUGGCUCUUUAACAAAGAUACAUAUUAGUUUGCCGAAUUUGUUUUUACUGGAAAACCAAAAAUCAUUGGAAAGGGAAGAUCUUUACCAGCUCUUUGAUUUUAAAGUAAUACCUUGGCGAAUGGAAGCAAGCACCGUUCAAAGGUCUACAGUGCCUUCAUCCAAUGAUCGUUAUCAAUCGUAUCAUCAAUCGGUACCAGAGUCCUUCCAGAACGUACACAGUCUUCCAGCUGUCGCUGGCACUGACAGUUCCAGUAACCAGUUAAUACCAAGUGAAGGUUGUGUAAAUGGCCGUUUGGAAAUUCGCGUAAUACCGCGAGAAAAUUCACACGCUGAGGAGUCUUUAUAUUAUGAUGCACUGGCUGCAGCAGUUACUCUUGUAAAAGACAAUGCAGUUGUUAAUACUGUAGGCACUCAACUUGCAAACGAUGGAGAUGUAUGUUCUAAUGAAAAAGAGGCGGCAUUACAGCUAACAAACAAAAUCAUUCAGUGUGGCGUAAAAACUAAACCAAUAAGCCAACCAUUAAUGUCAGAAGAAAAAUUCAAUCGCAAUGAUUGCGACGGCACUGUUGUGGAAAAGGAAGAGGAGCUUAGCGUCCUUAAUGUGAGAAAAAACGAUGAAGUCAUCAAAGAUAACAGCGCACCUGAAAGAAUUGGGUUCGCUUUGGUAAAUCCAACUAUAGCGCCUACUAAUAUUGAGACUAGCGGCUGGAGUCGGUCUGGUUUCGAUGGCGAUUUUGCGGCUAGUUCUAAGAACAAUGUGGCCCCGGGUUUUGUUGGUGUAAUAGCAAGUAAAAUACCAAUACUGAAUUCACGUCAAUCGAAAUGCGCUUCUUGGUCUGGUUCGGAUAUGACGUCACCAUUGCCCAUGAUGGCCGAGGCCUCUUACCCAGCGGCAACAGCAACAAAUCAUCAAACGCAAACUACAAGUAAUAAAAAAAACUUUUGCAGCAAUACCACAAAAAAAUCAGCUGAUGAUGAUAGUGGUGUUAAUAUAUUUCAAAACCCAGAUAUGACGGACUUAACACCAGCUUUACGAAGAAGGCGGGAGUCGAAUAAGUACGUUACUGAUCCUUGUCAAUUAAGUCUGCGUUUUGCACGACCGCGUUCACGCCAUGCUAGUCGGACCCGUGGUAUACCAACAUUUUUAUUAGGAAACUUUGAAGACCAGUCAUUAGACAACAGUGAAGAUGUUCAAGCUCUCUCGCAAACUGCAAAAACUAACGAGUAUAAUUCUGCAGCUAAAACUCAAACUUCAAAUUUCAGCAAUCAGCUUCAAUUUCAAAAUCAAACGCAAAGGGAGGACACGACACCACAUGCGCAUAGUGAAGAAGAGUUAUUGUACAACAUGGUUACGGAACUGAAAUCAUCUGAUAAUACGAUACGUAAUGAUAUUACGCCGCCACCAGGUGCUCCAAAACUAGAAAAUAGUGCUCGCUUACGUCGAUAUAGACAUAAUAUAGAUUAAUACUUAAAAAAUCUCGAAAAAUUGUACCUAGCUAAUUUCAGUUACUCGAUACUUAUUUUGAUAAACAAAAAUUUAGAAUUUUACCGCAUUCAUUUACCUCCAGCAAAUCCAUGAAUUAGCUGAGGAACAAUUAUUACUCCGUUUUCCGAAAUAAAGGCGUGGUUCAUUUAAUAUUACACAA